UCAUACAAUGGCUGAUAACGAAGAUCUAUUAGAUUACGAGGAGGAGGAUCAGACCGAGCAGGUUGUGGCAGAAACCACGGAACAGCCGAAGAAGGACGUGAAGGGUACCUACGUAUCGAUUCACAGUUCUGGCUUCCGUGAUUUUUUGCUGAAACCUGAAAUUUUACGCGCCAUUGUGGACUGCGGUUUCGAGCAUCCCUCUGAAGUGCAACACGAAUGCAUUCCGCAAGCCGUGCUCGGCAUGGAUAUCCUGUGCCAGGCCAAGUCCGGUAUGGGGAAGACGGCUGUGUUCGUGUUGGCUACGUUGCAGCAACUGGAACCGACGGAAAACGUUCCGUACGUGUUGGUGAUGUGUCACACGCGUGAGCUCGCGUUCCAGAUCAGCAAGGAGUACGAGCGCUUCUGCAAGUACAUGCCCACGAUCAAGGUGGCCGUGUUCUUUGGCGGUAUGCCGAUCCAGAAGGAUGAGGAAGUGCUGAAAUCCACGACGCCCCACAUCAUCGUUGGAACGCCCGGCCGCGUGUUGGCGCUCAUUCGCAACAAGAAGCUCAACCUGAAGAACCUGAAACACUUUAUCCUCGAUGAGUGCGACAAGAUGCUCGAGCAACUUGAUAUGCGCCGCGACGUCCAGGAAAUCUUCCGUAACACACCGCACGGAAAGCAAGUGAUGAUGUUCUCCGCCACGCUGAGCAAAGAAAUUCGGCCAGUGUGCAAGAAGUUCAUGCAAGAUCCUAUGGAGGUGUACGUCGACGACGAAACCAAGCUAACUCUUCACGGUUUGCAGCAACACUACGUGAAGCUGAAGGAGAACGAAAAGAACAAAAAACUGUUCGAACUGCUUGAUGUUCUUGAAUUUAACCAGGUGGUCAUUUUUGUCAAGUCCGUCCAACGGUGCAUGGCUCUGGCGCAGCUACUGACGGAACAGAAUUUCCCGGCGAUCGGCAUCCAUCGGGGCAUGGUGCAAGAGGAGCGGCUUUCGCGGUACCAGCAAUUCAAGGACUUCCAGAAGCGCAUUCUGGUGGCCACUAACCUGUUCGGCCGUGGCAUGGAUAUCGAGCGUGUGAACAUCGUAUUCAACUACGAUAUGCCGGAAGACUCUGAUACCUACCUGCAUCGCGUGGCCCGUGCCGGGCGCUUCGGAACCAAGGGUCUGGCCAUUACCUUCAUCUCGGAUGAGGCGGACGCAAAGAUUCUGAACGACGUGCAGGAUCGUUUCGAUGUCAACAUCAACGAGCUGCCGGAUGAAAUUGAUCUCUCCUCGUACAUUGAAGGACGAUAAGCCGAUCGCUGUAUGAAACAACUAUUCUAGAUUAAUGAUGCAGCAAGAGGAGAGAGGUAGCAACGAGACGCUGUUGAUAACAAUCGGCAAAAGGAAAGAAGCCCAUAUUUUCCUGAUAAUUUCAUUUACACAAUUCCCUGUCAUCACCGCACAGCGACUCGAGUUCUGCUGGUGGCUGCUGUUGCCCUGCACGGGUUCCAAAGCGAACCCAAAAUCAAACCCAAAGCGGGUCCCAAAAUGAUAGUAGCGAGUACAUACAAUUAAUCUGCAGAAUAAGAAUGAAACAUACAAAAGCGUCGUCAGGCAGUGGUCAAAGGCACUUCAAUCUAUGAAUCGAAUC